GUAUGAAGAAAGGCAGUGUAGAAAUGGGCAGAGAUGGCUAUCUUCCUCUCUUUGAAACCAAGGUUGCAAAGGGUCGUAUCCUAUUCAGAUGCUAUGCAGCAUCAGUGUUUGUGGGUAUUAUUUUUAUCUGGGUUUACAGGGUGGUUCACUUCCCACCUGCAGGCGCACAAGUGCUAAGAAGAUGGGCUUGGAUGGGAUUGUUUCUAUCUGAGUUGUUGUUCAGUUUCUACUGGUUUCUCACGCAGCUUGUUAGAUGGAGCCCCAUCUAUCGUUACACCUUCAAAGACAGGCUCUCUCAGAGAUAUGAGGAGGUUUUGCCGGGCAUAGACAUAUUUGUGUGCACUGCAGAUCCAAGAAUAGAGCCACCCAUCAUGGUCAUCAACACUGUUUUAUCAGUCAUGGCUUACAUUUACCCAUCACAGAACCUAAGCGUCUAUCUCUCUGAUGAUGGAGGCUCAGACCUGACCUUCUAUGCUUUGUUGGAGGCCUCUCGCUUCUCAAAACAUUGGCUACCAUUUUGUAGGAAGUUCAGUAUAGAACCAAGAUCACCUGCUGCUUAUUUCUCCACAACUUCUGAACCCCCUGAUAGCAAUCCUCUCAUGGCUCAGGAGUGGUUGUCCAUUAAGGAAUUGUAUGAAGACAUGAAGAAUAGAAUCGAAACCACCACUAGACUGGGGAGAAUUUCAGACGAAAUAAGAAAGGAGCACAAGGGAUUUCUGGAGUGGAACAGUGCUUCAGCACGGCAUGACCAUCAGUCCAUUGUUCAAAUAGUGAUUGAUGGGAGAGACCCCAAGGCUGUGGACUCUGAAGGACAACCUUUGCCAACACUAGUGUACUUGUCCCGUGAGAAGAGACCCCAAUACCAUCACAAUUUUAAAGCUGGAGCCAUGAAUGCACUUAUAAGGGUGUCAUCAAAGAUAAGCAAUGGCUCGAUUAUUCUUAAUGUGGACUGUGACAUGUACUCCAACAAUUCAGAAUCAGUGAGAGAUGCUCUGUGUUUUUUCAUGGAUGAAGAGAAGGGCCAUGAAAUUGCUUAUGUCCAGUUUCCACAGUGCUACGAUAAUCUUACUAGGAAUGACUUAUAUGGCAACUGCCUUAGGGUGAUUAAUGAGGUGGAAUUUCCAGGCCUUGAUUCUAAUGGAGGACCUUUCUAUAUUGGUACCGGGUGCUUUCAUAGGAGAGUGGCACUGUGUGGAAUGAAAUAUGACGAGGAAUGUGAGAGAGAAUGGAAGAGAGAGAAUAACAGAAGAGGAAGAGAAAGUGCUAGUGUAUUAGAAGAAUCAUGUAAGGUCCUUGCAAGUUGUACCUAUGAAGAGAACAGUCAAUGGGGAAAGGAGAUGGGCGUGAAGUAUGAUUGUGCAGUGGAAGACAUUAUCACAGGAUUCUCAAUACAAUGUAGAGGUUGGAAAUCCGUCUAUUUCAAUCCAGAAAGGAAGGGCUUCUUGGGUGUUGUGCCCACAACACUGUUGCAGUCACUAGUACAACAUAAGAGAUGGUCUGAAGGCCACCUUCAGAUGUUUCUCUCGAGACACUGUCCAAUUAUAUAUGGACACAAAAAGGUUCCUCUGAAACUUCAACUCGCAUACUCUAUCUAUAAUCUGUGGGCUGCAUACUCCUUGGCUAUGCUAUGCUAUGUUGCUGUCCCAUCCCUUUGUCUCCUUGGAGGCAUCUCCUUGUUUCCAGAGAUAUGGAGCCUGUGGGUCCUUCCCUUUGCCUAUGUCAUUAUUGCCAAGCAUGCAUACAGCUUAGGUGAGUUUCAUUGGUAUGGUGGCACAAUCCAUGGUUGGUGGAAUGAUCAAAGAAUAUGGAUGUUCAGAAGGACAACUUCCUACUUCUUUGCCUUCCUUGAUACAAUCUUGAGGAUACUAGGCUUUGCUGAGACCACUUUUGCUGUCACUGCAAAGGUGUGUGAUGAAGAUGUGUCUCAAAGAUACGAGCAAGAAAUCAUGGAGUUUGGUUCUCCUUCACCAAUGUUUACCAUUUCAGCUACACUUGCAUUGCUCAAUCUGUUCAGUUUUGUUUGUGGUGUAAAGAGGGUGGUUGUGGAUAUUCAAAUUAAACCUUUGGAGUCAUUAGCUCUGCAGAUUAUCUUAUGUGGGGUUCUUGUUCUCAUCAACCUGCCUGUAUACCAAGGGCUCUUUUUCCGCAAGGACAAGGGCACCAUGCCAACAUCAGUCACAUACAAAUCAGUUUCUUUAGCGCUGUUGGCCUGUUCAAUAGCCUUGUAUUAGUUUACUGUAUCAGUAAGCAAAGUCUCUUUACCACAACUUUAUAUGUAUUAUAUAAGGCUCUGAAGAACUGUUAUAUAUGUAUAACUGAUGCAGUUUCAAUUUUCAAUAAUGGAUAGUAUAUGUUUCUCCAGGUAUAAAGGCUUAGAUAUUAA